AUGCAGCAGCAACAGUAUCACCAAGAAGCUCUGAAUACUAAAAAUAGGACUGUGCUGCUACUACUGACGACGUGUCUGCUGUCACACCGCGUCAACGCGGUUCUAGAUGUUGCAUCCAAGUUAUACGAUCUUGAGCAGCAGCAUGCGGAUGAAGGAAUGGAUAACGUACCGCAAAUUGUGCUAUUGAACGUUCCUUCUUCGCUGCUGAAGCGUUUGGCGGAGAAGUCUGUCAAGUGGAAUGCAUUGUCGGGGUACCUCCAGCGGGCGUUGUUAUGGGACUCGGGACUUGUCAUGACAAGUACCGGGCGUCUUGUUCAGGUUUAUACGCCUUGUACCGAGCCCAUGUCCGUUGUUUUAACGACAUUUGAAGCGUUUCGAGGCAAGGACUGUCCGCUCGAGACUUGCGCGCCGACAGGACUGUACUUUGCAGAUCUGAAGUGUUCACAACGGACGGUAUGGAAAGCUGCGCAAUGCGGGAUUGCAGCCGUAGAGAAGAAUGAGACGGAUGUUGUAGAUGCUGAAUCGACCACGCUCUGGUCUGAGGAUGGAGACCUGACGGUGGUUCCGGAUAUCCAACUUUAUAAGCACAUGCUGCGCAACAGCUCUGGGUCGGAUGAUAUUGAUGCGAGUGUGGGUUCUGCUUCAACAGGUAAAAAUACGCAUGAGGCUGGUGUGCUCUUCACGAUCAAUCAGGUUGCACCACUACCAAGCGCUACCAAGGAAUGUCCGGACACGCCGUUCUUUGUCGCACCCUGUGUCGAGCUGUACGAUACUGAGAUGGAGAGCUGGUGUCUUCCUAACCGCGGUGGAUUCGUCGACCUGUGGCUCGACAGCGAAAUCUCGAUCCAGUCAAUGUCAUCGAGUAGCUCAGCAAAUGCAGUGGCCUCGACUAAGAAAGCUGCCAUGGAUAUACAUGGAGCGACCAUUAUCCUGAUAGUACUGCUCAUCCUACUUGUGGCAGCCGUCGGAGUACUUGUAGCAGUGCAAAAGAAAUGGCAUGAGACACACGUUGAGGCAUCUCCUACCAUUUAUGACAGCAUGGUGACAACUCGGCCGCAGCAGAAGAAUUGUGGUACAGUUUACCGACCGAGUACUCCGCGGAACUCCAUAAACAAGCGGCGGUCGAUUGAGCUGGCAACUUUCUGUAUCGACGCGAAAAUUACAGCGAAGCGCAUUGCAUACGACAGCCUCAGUUUUGACAAGCUCAUUGCACGCGGGGCCAAUGGCGAAGUUUGGCGAGGCACUUGUGGCUCUCAAGUUGUGGCCAUCAAACAGCUGCUGCCGGAAAAGCGCUACAACGAAAGCGACGUCAGGCUGUUUUCGCAUGAGAUCCAAAUUGCGUCGGCUCUGGAGCAUCCGACCAUUGUUCGUUUUGUGGGUCUCUCGUGGAAUCGUGCGUGCGACCUUUGCAUCGUGUCGGAGUUCAUGGAGCAGGGAGAUCUCUCCGUGUUGUUAAAAUCGGCACGAAAGGAGGGGCUUUCCUGGUUUAAAGAGAAGCUAGCGAUAGCCAUCGAUAUUGCCGACGCACUGACGUAUCUGCACGGCCGAGAGCCCAUUAUCAUCCAUCGUGACCUCAAAUCGCUGAACGUGCUGCUUGACAACCACCUGCGUGCCAAGCUGAGCGAUUUUGGGCUCAGUCGCGAGCGGUCGUCGGACGACACAAUGACUAAUGGCGUGGGUACUCUACUUUGGACAGCACCUGAGAUCCUACGAGGUGAAGCUUACAGCGAGAAGGCGGAUGUGUACUCUUACGCAAUCGUGUUGUCCGAGCUGGACACAUGUCUGCCUCCCUUUGCACUCAACGCAGAGGUCCGAGAGCGUCGUUUGACUUCCAUGCAGCUUAUGCACUUGGCUACGUCGGGCGAGAUCUCGCCCCAACUACGGGAGGAUUGCCCAGUUCCACUGCAGCAACUCACUGCAGCUUGUGCGAGCUUUGACCCGAGCCAGCGACCGAACGCAUUGGAAAUCGUCUUUACGCUACGCAAUAUCGCCCGCAGCGUGAAGUUCGAUGCGAGCUUUGCAGCGUCAAGGUAUAGUUGA